UUUAACCUCUUCCCAUCUGGCCCAUGCUGAUAAAACGGCCAGACGGGAGCGCUGCUGAUGCGGGUGGAUGUUUCCAAACAUCCCCCUGCAUUCAUUGCCUGUGCACGCUCCCUGGGAGCGUGAGGCACCGUGAUAGGUGCCCACUUGUGUCCCGAAGGACACAAAUCGCUGUAUGGGACCUCUGUGUGAGGUCCCGAUUCAUGUGAUCACUGAUUGGCCAGUUAGUGAUCACAUGCAAAGUAGUAAGCAACAUGUCACUUUCUGACAUCAUUGCUUACUACGUCUGAAAUAUCUGUGAAUGAUCACAGAGGUCACAUGUACAAGGCUAUUUCACAACAGUCUUGUACCA